AUGCUAGCAUUUACCCUCGCCCUCCUGUGCGCCGGUGUCGCAGCCUUGCCUGGGAGCGCCGACAAGCCUUGCAGCGGCGAGGAGAUCGCCAACUGCUGCGACUCCGGCAAGGGCAAGCUCAAAAACAAAUGCAGUCCAGGUACUUGUCAAACCCCUGCCCUUGAUGUGCGAGGUGCGAAUCAACGCCGUGUCUAA